UCGGCAUCAACAGCAGCAAGCUCGGGAUAGUAUAGCACAAUUGUUCAAUAUUUAUCACGAUUUGAAAUGCUACUCAAUCGUUUAGUGGAUAUUAUUUUAAUACUUUGUUUUAUAAAAUCGAUCCCAGCGGUACCCAAAGAGUCGGUUCGACAAUUUGGAGGAUCAAACAUCAACAAUGGCUUCGGAUCGGAUAUACCAAACACAGGACUAGGACAGCGCUUUGGAUAUCCAGCACCAUUAGGCUGUCCAUUAUGUGACUCCUCUGUUUACAGCUAUUGCUCACACAAGAUGAUACAUGAUGCGUGCUGCUGUGAUUUCUCAGCAUCCCCGCAGCUACGUCCGCCUCAAUGUGCAUAUUAUGACUGCUCGCUCUUGUAUGCCAAAUCCUGCUAUGAACAUGCGCUUAUUAAAAACUGUUGCUGCAACAAUCCUUACUAAAAAUGAUCACUAAGGAAUACUAAUUUAAGCUCUUGCCUCAAUUAUUAUUAUUACUAGCUAGCAUGACCCUCUUCAUCGUCCGAGUUGCACUUCGAUAUAAAUAUUUAUA